AUGGCUGCUACGUCUUCGUCGGAUUCAGACGGCGGCAAAGGCGAGAGCAGUGAGGCCAAUUCGAAAUGGCUGGACUCACUCAGCGAUUCCAUGGCGAACAUCCACACCUUUUCCGCCUGCCUGGCGCUGGCCGAUUUUCACGGGGACGGAGAGUACAAGCUGGCCAUGGGAGACCUUGGCCCAGAUGGGCGGCAGCCUCGCCUGAAGGUACUUAAAGGACACACACUGGUGAGCCAAAAACCGCUACCUGACCUGCCAGCCGCUGCUGUCACCUUCCUCGUGGGGUCCCACGAGCCCCGGACACCAGCCCUAGCAAUCGCAUCAGGUCCUUGUGUGUAUGUGUAUAAGAAUCUCAAGCCCUACUUCAAGUUCAGCCUGCCCUUGUUGCCUACAAACCCCCUGGAACAAGACCUUUGGAAUCAGGCCAAAGAGGACCAGAUUGACCCCUUGACCCUGAAGGAGAUGCUGGAGGGCAUCAGGGAGAAGGCAGAGGUGCCUUUGUCUGUACAGUCACUCAGGUUUCUGCCACUGGAGCUGAGUGAAAUGGAGGCGUUUGUGAACCAGCACAAGUCCAAGUCCAUCAGGCGGCAGACAGUCAUCACCACCAUGACCACCUUAAAGAAGAACCUGGCUGACGAGGAUGCUGUGUCCUGCCUGGUGCUGGGCACUGAGAACAAGGAGCUCCUGGUGCUAGACCCGGAGGCCUUCACCAUUCUGGCCAAGAUGAGCCUCCCCAGCGUCCCUGUCUUCCUGGAGGUUUCUGGCCAGUUUGAUGUGGAGUUCCGCCUUGCCGCCGCCUGCCGCAACGGGAGCAUCUAUAUACUGAGAAGAGACUCCAAGCGUCCCAAGUACUGCAUCGAGCUGAGCGCCCAGCCUGUGGGGCUUGUCCGUGUACACAAGGUCCUGGUGGUGGGCAGCAACCAAGACAGCCUGCACGGCUUCACCUACAAGGGUAAGAGGCUGUGGACAGUGCAGAUGCCUGCAGCCAUCCUGGCCAUGAACCGCCUGGAGCAGCGCUCCCGGGGCCUGCAGGCCGUCAUGGCCGCGCUGGCCAACGGAGAGGUCCGCAUCUACCACGACAAGGUCCUGCUCAACAUCAUCCGCACGCCGGAGGCAGUGAUCAGCCUUUGCUUUGGCCGCUAUGGACGGGAAGAUAACACCCUUAUCAUGACGACACUAGGUGGUGGCCUGAUCAUCAAGAUCCUUAAGCGCACAGCGGUGUUUGCCGAGGGGGGAGGUGAGGCGGGCCCCGCACCAAGCCAGGUCAUAAAACUCAACGUGCCCCGGAAGACCCGGCUAUACGUGGACCAGACACUGCGAGAGCGGGAAGCCGGCACCGCCAUGCACCGGACCUUCCAGGCGGACCUCUACCUGCUGCGCCUCCGGGCGGCCCGUGCCUACGUGCAGGCCCUUGAGUCCAGCCUGAGCCCCGUGUCUCUGAUGGCCCGGGAGCCGCUCAAGCUGCACGCUGUGGUUCAGGGCCUGGGCCCCACCUUCAAGCUCACCCUUCACCUGCAGAACACAUCAACAGCCCGCCCCAUCCUGGGGCUGGUGGUCUGCUUCCUGUACGACGAGGUGCUCUAUGCUCUGCCCCGGGCCUUCUUCAAGGUCCCAUUGCUGGUGCCAGGGCUCAACUACCCCCUGGAGACCUUUGUGAAGAGUCUUAGUGACAAGGGCAUCUCAGACAUCAUCAAGGUGCUGGUGCUUCGAGAAGGCCAGAGCACACCCCUGCUGAGUGCCCACAUCAACAUGCCCAUGAGUGAGGGGCUGGCAGCUGACUGACCCCAUGCUGGGGUUAAAGCCCUAGUGGAACCAGAACCAGGAGGAUCCAGCCACCUCCACUGUGCUGGGCAGAGUCCAUAGUCCCAGGUUCGCUCCCGUGUGGCACCACGCCAGGCCUCCGCCUCUCUCUCCUCUCCUAGUGUUCCUCCCUCACUACUGGGUGACCCGCAGCACAGGGCCCCGGGAAUAGCUGCCUUCCCACAGGGGGCCUUUCUGAAGUCUUGGGCUCAGCCAAGGUCUCAGGCCUGUGAUGCUCCAUGAAGAUUGCCAAGGAAGAGGCU